UCAGAUCAUUCUUUUGGAACCGAUUUAAAAAUAUACAGUAAUUGGUGGUUUAAAAAAUCUUUUCCUCCAAUAGCAUUUAUCAUCCAUCGGCCAACAAAUACAAACUAACAAAUAAUUCACACGUAUUUUUAGUGACACGUUAGGCCGCCAUAUUUGAGUAUAUUUUUCAAGGGGAUUCUGGCAUCUGGUUGACUGGUGGACUGUCUCUCUACUUUUGUGUGCUUUUGUGUGUGUGCAAUCAUCACUGAUGGUUAAAAAAAAUAUAUAUAAAAAUUAAAGAAAAUAAAAACAAUAUUGAUAAACUAUUGCUACAUAUUGAAUAUUUCUCCAAGCACUCGUUUAAUUAUAAUUAAAUUUAAAAAAACCAUUUUGGAUAAUACAAAAACAUUUGGAGUUUCUUUUUUUUUUUUUUUUUUUUUCUUUUUCCCCCGGAUAUAUUUGUGAUAUAUAAAAUUGUGAUAGAUUUUACAACUUGUGAGUAACGGUGUUGAGCAAAGGGGUCGAUCUCCGUUGUGUCUGUGUGCUUGACUGCUUGACAAAGAGGUCUUUUGGAGAAGAAAGAGCAAGACAGAGAAAUAUUUAUUGAAAAAGAUAAAGAUAAAUUUAAAAAACAACAACUUUUGUGUUUGGUGGAUUUGGAGGUCAUCGUCAUUCAGCGCAGCUUUUUCUUCCUUUGACUUGUUUUGGCAAAACUCAAGUAAUACCAAAAAGAACAAAAUAAAAAAUAAUUAUUAGUUAAAUUAAUCAAGCCAGUAAAAUGUCCACACCAGCACGACGAAGACUCAUGAGAGAUUUUAAAAGGUUACAAGAAGAUCCACCUACUGGUGUAUCAGGCGCUCCAACUGACAACAAUAUUAUGAUUUGGAAUGCAGUUAUAUUUGGACCACAUGACACACCUUUUGAAGAUGGUACAUUCAAAUUAACAAUAGAGUUUACAGAAGAAUAUCCAAAUAAACCACCAACAGUUCGUUUUGUUAGUAAAAUGUUUCAUCCAAAUGUAUAUGCUGAUGGUGGAAUAUGUCUUGAUAUUUUGCAAAAUCGUUGGAGUCCAACCUAUGAUGUUUCUGCUAUAUUGACAUCAAUUCAGUCACUUUUGGAUGAACCAAAUCCAAAUUCACCAGCAAAUUCAUUGGCUGCACAAUUAUAUCAAGAAAAUAAACGUGAAUAUGAAAAACGUGUUGCUACUGUUGUUGAACAAUCAUGGUUAAAUUUCCAAGAAAGCCAUGUGGAGGAUCCACGCUGACAUCAAACUCGUACCAGCACUUUUUUUAAAAAUAAAAUCUAAUAACAUUAAUCAAUACUUGAAUUGCCAGAUAAAAAAAAAUUUAUCAAAACUAGAUUCUUUCACAAUCACUUGUUAAUUUAAAAUGAUUCUUCUGUUACCAAAAUAUUUUGUCAAGCGAAAAAAAAAUGAUCAAGAUAAACACAAGAAAUGAGUUUUAUUUUUAUUGAAAUUAUAUUUUUUAAAUUAGUUUCUGAUAUUUGCUGGUUUAAUGUUUAGGAACAUAAACAUUACAAUUACUUUUUUUUUUUUAAUUUAUACAAAUUUUUUUAUGUUUAUUAUCAUGUUUUUAUUUUUAAAAAUAAUAUAAAUAAUUAUUUUUCAUUACAAAAAUUAACGUGUGAUGAUUAAUAAUAAAACCACAAUAAUUUGAAAAUUUUUAAUUUUCAUUAAAUAUUAAGAUAAUUUGAAAUGUAGGUAUAAUUUUCAAAAAGCUUAUAAUAAAAUGUUGAAUACAAUAACAAAAUAAAUACUAAUUGUUGAUAAAUUUAAAAAAAAAACAAAACAAAAUAUUUUAUAUUUUGCUAUGAAUUUGUUUAAAUAUUCUUAAUUAAUAUAAAAUUUUUUACAAUUUUUUUUUUUGUUAAUAAUAAUCCAAUACAAAUAUUAAAAAAAAAAAAAAGCUAAGUAUAAAAAAAU